CGCUCAGUCUGCUCAGUGGACGCAACCGGGGAAGAAGCGUUUCUCCCAUUUUGGAUGCGUGGUUUUUUUGUUUUUGUUUUUUUGUUUCUUUGCGGAGAUCAGCGCGUGAUCGUGGACAUCGUGACACGAUCGUGGCCGGGCAAGGUUUUGCAUCGGCAUAGUGUGCGUUAAAGAGCGAACGCGUGCGCGAGCGCUCUCAACGGUCGCUCCAAGUGGCUUGGGCUGCGUGAGAUGAGAGGAUGAGAAGCAGUGAGAUAUGUUCAUCUUGUGACUUGCCCGUGCAUUAAACAGUGUCAAAGUGCUACACGUGCAAAGUGAAUGUGUUGAAGUGUAUCUCACACGUUGAAAGAAGUUUUCCAAGCAUUAUCCUUUCUUUGGAGAUAGAAACACUCAGUGCCGUGGGGGAUUUGCUGCAAGCUUAUCCGUAGUGUGCCGUACAUUACACCAUCUCCUGUUUGAAGAUAUUUCUCCGAAAAGUUAACUUUUUAACAAGCAAGCAAACGAACGAAAGAAGCAAAAAAAUAGAUAUCCACAAUGGAACCGCCCGCGAAUGUACGGUGCAUUUCGUUUGCUUCCGCUUGAAAGCGAACGGAAGUGAAUCCCGUAAGCGCACACCUACGCGCGAAAAUCCUUUGCAUCCUUGUCGUGGUGUCGUGUGUCAGCUUCCUCUACCGGCUUCCUCCGCAGCUGGAGCAAACAGGGAGCUGCAUCUGUACGGAAAGUCUGCUCAAACAUUACAUAGAACCUGAAAACAAAUUAAACUACCAACCCGAGCGCCCGGAACGUUAGGCUGUGCGCAUCGGAGCGUAAUGAAAUGUCAAUUGACCCACAACAAAAACUGAAAGUUAAGACGCGUUGCUUAAAAAGACUUACACACGCACGCUUCACUUUAAAAUAGACAAGGUUAACGAAACCGGCUACCUGUCUGUGAAGUUAACGAAAACGAACAAAAACCCCAAACGCACAGUUUGCGCGAUAAUGAAGCCUUACAACAAUCGGGUAUAAUAUCGCGAACGGAUUUGCUGCUGUGUGUUUUCCGUAUUGUGGUUGGUGUGGGGGGUUUCUUUAUUUUUUCGUGUUUCAUUAUGUCGCUUUAAAUUGGCCGACCUGACGGGGGAGCGGGCGGAACCGGCGGGAUCAUACUAACAAGCCGCGCGCUGCCCAGAAUAAAGAACCGCGCAAAGGACGGAGCAGCGAAUCGCCAACAGCGUCGACGGAACACGGACCCGAGACCAGAAGCGGCAGGAAAACCGCUAGCCGUCGCCAACCGAGAAGUCAAUCAAUUUGGAUGCACACAGCCACACGCACACAGCGACACAAACAAACAAACCGAGACACUUGGCCGAAUGCGGAAAGACGAAGCUCAACGACAUCGCAAGACUGGCCUGAAGAAGCCAAACCAACCCCCGCUCCCGCGACAAUCUCCCGCACGGCAUCGGCACGGAACACACGGCGUGUGCAGACGACGGAGGUCGGAGACGACUUGUUGGUACAGGUGCACCCCACACUGCUGCUCGGCCGGCCGGCACAUCCCCACAUCGGGCGGCCUGCCCCCCCUCAAGACCCCCCCCCCCCCCCCCGGCACCCGGCUCUUCGCCGUACAAGAAGCAGCAAGAAACAAAAAAAAACAGCAUCAAGAAUAAUUCCGAUCGGCAGCCGAACGCACGAACGAAACCAACCCCCAACUUUCCCACAACAACCACCCCCAGUUGUGUGUUACAGGGUGUGCACCCCAGCGCGCGGGGUGGCGGUGCAACCAACCAAGCGGUCACGAAACGGCCACCGAACCGGUUCGGGAGCGCUUCGUCUUUCGUGCGUACACGACGAACCGCGGCGGCACCGCGGCGGCCGAACAAAACUUGCCUGCACUCGCCCGAAGCCGACCAGUCGGAAAGUUGCUUGCACGCGGUUCACAGACCCAGUUCGCACUGGCGCUCGCACACGCAAACGCCAGCUAUUGGGGCGUACCAGCGAGAUAGGGUGUUUCGCGUACUCGAGAACACAGACAACCGAGGAAAACAAGAGCAAAGCCAAAAGGGCGGCCAGCACACAGCACAAAACAAUCGCACGGAUAGUGUUUUUUGUGUGUGUUUAUGUGUGACCGCUCAAGUGUGUGUGUGUGACCGUGCAAAGAGACCACAGAAAAGAAGCGUCCAUGUGCAGUGCGGUGACGAAUUUUUCGUGGUAGUGAAAACAAGGGCAAAACAGUGAUCGAAUCACGCCGGGAGCGAUCAUUGCAAGUGUUUGAAGUGAGCCGCAGAAAGGAAACGAAGAGCAGCAGAGCGUCUCAUAACGAUAAUUUAUGAGCCACAGUGCGAGAUCGUGCAGAUACACAUCUCCCCCGUUUUUUUUUUUGUCGUGGCCAGACGUGUGAGUUGCGUGCGAGUGAAUUUAUACGUGUGCCGUUUGACAAGCGCAGCAAAAGAAAAACCUCCGGUGGCUUGGGGAAAACAUAUUUUAAAUCCACGAAUAUAAAUAAGUGAAUGUGUGUGUGUGCAUUUUUCUGCUAUCCCGUCUUCUGACAUACUCACGUAAAGGUGCAAAACGGGAAGAAGUGUGGCAGAAGAGCGCAUUUAAGAGUUAGACCAACAGCGACGACGAACCAGUGUGUGGACGUUGUUAUUCCUGCUCGUUGUCGCGCGUGUGAAAGGCUUCGAACGGGGCCAAAGUGGUGCGAUACUUGCGGGUUACUAUACACACACACACACAUUUGUGAGGGAAUAAAUUAGUGGAAAGGGGAAGUGGUUCCAACCGCGACUGGCCCUCGUUUGCUACGCUGAUUUCCAAACACCCAAACCCGCGUGGAGCAAUUACAAAUAAGCCAAACCUUAUUUGCUUGGCCAAGCUUAAACCUCCCCCCAACAACGAGUGUCUAUGUGUGUGUUUGUUAGUAUGCUGUGUUUAAUGUAACAGUGUGUGGUGCAACUAAUUCUUGUCGAACGACAUUCUUUUACGUGUGCACGUGUCUGUUUGUGCGUGUGUGUGUGUGUGUGUUAGACCGGGCGUUUAGAAGCAAAAGUUGCAAAAUUCUUGAAGAAGUUCCCGCGUCCGUGUGUUUCGCACCGUUGAAAUAAUAAACCAUUUGGGGAGGUGUGUUUGAAUGUGCCCGGUGGGGAAACCGAUGUAGCCGCGGUACCGCGGACAAACAACCAUGUGGCCAACCGUGUGCCCGUUGCCAGCCUGCAGCCACACUACUAGGGGCAGUGAAACGAACAACAACCGUGCACAAUGUUAGCCAUAGACUGUCUGGUUGGCGGUCUGCUGCUCAGCUCGAUCGGCGUGAACAUACUGGCGCUCGGUGCGUUCUGGGUGACGCCAAGUCUGCGCACCACCGCCAACCGGUUCGUGAUCAACCUGCUGAUAGUGAAUCUCGUCUGCUGCAUCAUUCUCGGGCCGUCGCUGCUGCUGAACGCGUUCACCGGCAAGGCGGCGGUGCCGACGCCACUGCCGGCCGCUGAGCUGCCGGCAGCAGCGGCCACACCGAUACUGUACGAGCCGACGACAGGUGGCGAGUAUGGCAGUCCGGCGUACACGACUACGACCGUCGCGCUGGCGUACCAGCAGCCCAGCUCCACGGUAGCCCAACCGAAUCGGACGCGUAUCGUGCGGUGCUCCAAAAAUGGCACCAUGGGCAGUGGGGACGAUGGGCCGUCCAAUUGUGAUAGACAGGAGGAGCAGAAUGAUGAGGAUGAAGAGGAAACGCCCUUCAUACGGACGAGCCGGAUACACCCGGGCCCGGGCGUGGAUGCGCUGCAUCCCAACCUGACGCUCACGAAGAUACGCUGCUGGGGCCUGGACCUGGUGGUGGCCCUGGGGGCCCUCUCCGUCCUGCUCGUCGUCGGGGACACCUGGUGCGCGAUUACCGAUCCGCUGCGCUACCACUCGCGCAUUUCCGAGCUGAAGGCGUGGGCGUUCAUCAUCGCUAGCUGGGCGCUCGGCAUUGCGUUCGGCAUUGCGUCCGGGUUCCGGGGGGACCAGAAGUACGUGACGCUGUUCAAGAACCGGCUCACGGCGGAGGAGGUGGCCGCCAUCGAAUCUAGUCAGCUGGCCCGCAACCAGAGCGGUGCCGGGCCGGGCGAGGCCGGUCUGCCCGCCGGCGACCGGUUCAUCCAGCAUCUGAACAUCUCGGAGGAUCUGUACAACACGAUCUUCUCGUACGCGUACUUCGUGAUCGUCAUACUGAUCCCGUUUGCGCUCGUGUGCGCCAUGUACUGGCGCAUCUUUUCCGAGGCGCGCGAAAGUGGGCAGCGGAUGCGCCAGAACGGCUCCUCGCCGCUGCUGCAGAGUGCGCUGAAUCUCGUGUCCGCCCAGAAGCAGUGCCAUGCGGCCGACAAGCAGUCGAUGCUGGAGCAGCAGCAGCAGCAGCCGACGCAGCAGCUGCUGCAUCAGCCGAUUCAACCGAUGCCGAGCAUUCCGGAGCGGCCGGGCGAGAGCAGGGGCGAAUGCUGUGACGGGCUGACGAUGAAGAUCGACAAGCAGAUCCACUACGAGGACGAAACGAUCACGAUCAGCAGCAUACCGCACCAUCAUCAGCCGCGCGACUCGUGUUUAAAGCCGCUGCUGCAGCAGUCGCCCGCACCAACGCCAACGCACAAACCGAUCCAGCAGCAGCAGCUCGAUGCGUCCCUCGAGCGGCCCGAUCGUAGUCCGCAGGUGGUGCAGAUCGCCACGCCAACGUCCGGUGUGGCGGCCUCGCUGCCCAGUGUGCUCAAGUCGCCGCUGCGGCCCGACCGCAACCACAACAGUAUUCUGAUGCACCAGCAGCUCCCGGCGGAGAGCAGUGCGAGCGGGCCGAUUCCCACCCACUCGAGCCCGCCGCCGGCCGCAUCGGCUGGGCUGGGGAAGGUGCGGCGCAAUCACAGCGCCGGCCGGCUGGUAAGCUUCUGCCAGGAGGAGCCGACCGAGCUGCCGGUCGCCGGCCUGCGGCAGGUCCAUUCGACGCCCAACUUCCAGAAGUACAGUGGCGGCGAGUUCGAGAGCCUCGGCACGCACCACAUCCUGUCGCUGCCGGCCGUGCACGUGCCGCCGAAGGCGCUCAGCUACAUGACCUCGAUCCGGCACCGGCUGUCGAACGCGUCCUCCCUGUUCAAGUACCGGGAGGAGUCGCGCGCCGCCCGCAUCAGCAUCCUGGUGAUCAUCAUGUUUCUGGUGUCGUACCUGCCGUACGGCAUACUGGUGCUGAUGCAGGGCCACGUCGAUCUGAUCAUCGUGUCCGACCAGGCGCUGCUCGCGAUCUUUACCGUGGUGAUCGCGAACCUCAGCUCACCGUUCAUCUUCGCCUACCGGAACAAGCGCGUUCGGCGGGGCGUGAAGCGCCUGCUCGGCAUCGACAAGAAGACGAACGAGCGGCUCCAGAAGCUGACCACGAGCAACACGCACUACAACAACCAUCCGCCGGGGCAGCAUCAGCCGCAGCAGCAGCAGCAGCAGCACGGCAACUACGGUGCCAACAUUACGCUGGCCAACGCCGUCGGGCAGGAGGAGGAGCUGCCGGAGGUGAUCGCGCACAAGUCCGCGCACAAGGUGCGCAUCGCCGGCAGCCAGGGCGCCGGCGGGCUGGCGCGCAGCAAUAGUUCGUGCAAGUAUCUCACGCCAAAUCACGCGGCGGCCGUGGCCGUGGCGAACGGGUACAUCGUCGAGUUCGAGCGGUACCCCUCCGACGAGCUCAAUAGUCUCUGCAUCCAGAAGAAAUCGAUACUGAAACGGGUCUGUGAUAGUUCGCGUAAGUGGGGCUGCAACUUUGCCACCAAUUCCUGCACCAGCAACGACGAGCAGACGGAGGUGUAGCUGUAAGCGGAACUGCUGAUCUAAGGGAAUGGGAGGGCGAGAGUGACAGAUACGGGGGUGGCCUUUAGGGUUAAGGUUUGUUUUUGCUGGCGCACGGUGCCAAAAAGCCAAAAAGCGCUGGAAGUGAAUCGCUGAGAACCUGGGUGGGAGUGUUCCUUUCCAUUUCAUCCUUAUCAUUACAUUAUUUAUUUACUGCCUUCCAAUCCAACUUUGACAACUUACCUGCCCAGCAAUGACACUAUUUUGCAAUACGUAUUAGCUUAUUUAUUGGUUGCAUUGGACAAAUCAUAAAACUGCUGACGUCUCUAGGCGGCACGUGCUACGACGUGUUUACCCGACGAACCCGACCGGCCAUCAUGCUGAGACAUUCUUGUGCAUUUCUGGUGCACCAACGGCAACAGACAAUCCUUACGGCACUGAUGCUCCAACACCACGUGGGGAAACCGGUGGGCUUGGGUUUGAUUCCCAUUUUUUUGCCAUGCGCGGGCACCCCGGUUUGGGUGUCCUUUUGCUUGUUUUAAAAUAACGCCCUGUUGGUGUGCUGGAAGAACAACAAACACAAACGUUUUGCAAAGCCAAGCGUCACUGUCAUUCGACUCAUCCACCACGCGCUGCAGACGCGCAAGGGGUGGCGCAAGGGGGUGCGUUUGACCGCGUGCACGUAAUGUGCACGGCUGGCACAAAACAAAAUGAUACAGUCCGUGUGUGCGUGUGCGUGUGUGUGUGUGUACGGAAGCCGGCCUCGGGCUGGAAACCGGCCAGUUCUCACGUUGUCAAACCACACUGGCAUUGGCUGGCGUAAUGUAGGCGCCGGUGGACGGCCAUGUGUAGUAGCUCCCAGCGCGUAGCUCACAUCACACGACACGUGGGGAUUAAAAUAGGACAUUGGGCCGUGGACACCCCGAUUAGAACGGUGCGGCUAGAAGCGUAUGCUUUUUAGUAGCCCGCACACGUUGCGUACACGGUGCGCGGGCUUGGUGACGCAGCGCGACACCACACUACACGUAACAGGAAAGCCGAAAAUAUUACACGUCCAGCCUAAAGAGACAGAGAGAUUGAGAGAGAGAGAGAGAGAGAGAGAGAGAGAGAGAGAGCGAGAGAAAGAGGGAGGGAAAUAGAGAGAAUCAAAUGGUGCCAUUUCCUCACAUCCCAAAUUGCUGACGUGCAUUUAAAUGGUGAACAGAUCGCAAGCUUAAGGGAGUUUAUACAAUACGGCAUCAGCGAACGUAAUUAGAACGAUGAUUGUUUCGAUUGUAAUUCGGUGUGUUUCCUUUAUGCCAAAGCCUUUUCGAACCAGUCCGUGCUCUGCUUUUAGUCCUUUCGACUGGCCACACUCUAUCUCAUGCAUGAUAAACACGUUAAAGCAAAGGCGAACCUGCGAUAAAUGGUCCGACUUCAUUAGCACACAGCGAUCAUCGCACGAGAGAGCAAGGGGUGUUACGAUUUGCCCCAUUGCAAGUAAUGAGUUCUUUGUCCCGCUUUUUUGGGGGAGGGGGUUAGUGAAUAGAGCAGGUAAUUAGUGGCCGGUAUCACUAAGUGGAAUUCGAGUUGAUUUCAUUACCGAAAGUGACCGGUUUGUUCGACGACUACCGGCACUUGUAUCAGGAGCCGUUUUUCCAUCCAAAAUCGAUGAGUGGCUAUUUGUAGCCACACGGAGACUAAAUACGUAAAGUAGUAUCGCUACCCGAUAGAGGUUCGUUUAGAUUUUAUUGAUUGGUUAGUUGGUAGUAGUGGUAUGAGCACAUCGUACCUCAUUUUUAAACGCAUUUUUUUAAUGUGCCUUUCCAUAAUGGUGACUUUUAAAAAUAGCAUUUACUACACGCAGUCUCAACUGAAAUGUUGUGUCGCUUCCCUUUCGUAACUCGUGCUUUACUGCCCCGUCCAUCAGGUCGCACCAAUCACAACACUUCCGCUACCCACCACACCGAAAACUGCUAAAUGGAAAACUUCGUCUUCGUCCCGUGGGUGGACACCGCAAUUCCAAUUCCGGUGCUCAAGGCGCUAUUGCUAAACGCCAGCCAGCCAGCCACCCACCCCGCAGUUGCGCACCGUUCGCGCUGGAGUCGUUCAUGCGUGCCAUCUAGCAUCUUGAUUACUGGUGACAGGUUGCUCUCCACUCUAUGCCGAACGCAUACCGGCACACCCAACACACGCUGGUGUUGUCGAAGAGGAUAACCUUAUUGUCCUGUCGUUUCGGGUCGUUUCCGGCUGAUCCUCUUGCCCUUUCCGAUGCCGGUGCCGGUGGGGGCAUGGGGUAGCACGUGCGAAAGGAUGUCCGCGAUGGGUGGGCUUUUCGUUCGAAUGUCUAUUUUUGGUCGGGCUGACGCGGCACGGCCGGGAAUGAAAACACUCGUGUGCAGAUAAUAAUUCAUCACAUUCGAUCGAGAGUCAAGAAUCGAUUAUCGAUCGGCUUUGGGAUACGCGCACACAAACGUCAUACAGUUGGAGACAAGGUUUUUUGUUUUUUUUUUUUUGGGAGAAUGGAUCCAUUUACGAUGGAGCAUGGUUAAUGUGCCUUUAAUAUGUUUCUAAUUUCUGUCCUCCAUCGGUUCGGAUCGCUGGUGACGCAAUGCUUGACAAUGUGGUGUUCGCUUGUUUGCUCUACUUCAACGCCAUCGUUGCUGCAUAUGCAAUCUUCAAAAUGACUCUCUAAACAAUACAUGACGCAACCAAUAUGAUGACUCCGGAAUAAUGAUAACUUCCCACCGAAAGACACUUCCCGUACACCCAUCAUCUAUCCUUCAUCCUACCAGCUCUCUCCCAGUUCUCAGUGACAGAGUGUUAGGUAUUAGAUUGGUUUUAACGUAACAAAGAAAGCUUGCAGUUUUCAUGCUGCAAGUCAUCGCAAGUGCUCGGUUAAGAAGGGUCGGCUAAGAAAGCAAAACAAACCAAACCAUAAGCUCUAAAUUAUUACUGUUUAGCAGUGGGCGGAUGGCAUAUAGCAUAAGAUAAGGCCGAAUGUACAUGUAAACGUGACAGGAAAUUUAGUCGAAGCUAACAAAACACAAACAAAUCCCUUUAGUUAAUAAGUAUAAGUGUAUAUGAAUGUACAUGUGUUUCUGCGUGUGUCUGUGUCUGUGCGUUUGUAUGAUAGAAGGAGGAUCGGAGGACCGAUACCUAAAGGGUUUCCGUUUUCUACACCGUAUCCCUAUUUUUACUUCAAACUGACUGGUAAUAAUGCUUUAAACCCAUGCAACCUACACGACAUGAACACUAGAAGAAGAAGAAGAAAAAAAAACAAUGGUGUAGAAAUUAUUCUUUAGCCUAAGAGAGCGGUUAGACAAACGCUCAACUCACUGUGGUAGAAAACAAACAAGCGAGCUAAGAGGUAGCAAAGCAGGAAGCAUCCCUUAGCAGCAGAAUCUAGGAGCAAAAUCAAUUAAUCGUACUGGUGCUUUGUGCGGUCACAAGAGAGAGAGUUUAAAAAAAACAUAGGACAAAAGCUAAAGCAAAAAGAGCUACGCGCCUUUCGAGCACGCCCAUUUAACAAAGUUACCAAAUAAUGAUGGCUCUUCCAUGAUUUCCACCUCCAGCGUUGGAGUGUGACUAUUGCUGCCUUUUUGUUUCCGAUGUGCGUGUGUAUGUGUGCAAGAUCUAGCAACAAAAAAAAAGGUGCGUAACAGGGUAACACAAGGUCGGGUCAAAGCGAAAAGGAUCUUUUAAAACUACGAUGGAAGAGAAUUAUUUUUGCUACAAAACAUUCUAUUUCUAAACUAACUAAAAAACAAACAAAAAAAUGCUGCAAAUAUUUUAAAUGAACCGCCAGUUAACUCUCUACCUAGUAGGAGUGCUUAUCAGGUAUACACACACACACACACUCACACAUAUGAGUCACGAAACAAAAAAAAAUCAAACAAACAAAGUAAGCAGCCUUGUGCUCACACAAAGCGUGUCACUUACAUUGUAACCUACUCGAGAGCACGAGUACUCCAAAACGCUGAGCUUGCUAUAGCUUCCCGCGGCGAGGACGUUGUUAUUCUAACAAUUAGUCAAAAAUCGAGGGCAUUCAAAUAGAGUUCCACCUUAAAACGCUCGCCUGGAGAAGAGUUAGUCACUCAGCCACACAGCACACACAAAAACCCCAUGCUGGUGAAGAUGGAAAGCAGCAACCGCGCAUAGUUAGAGGUAUUUAUGGGGCGGACAGAGCGGCGAGACACAUUCAAUCAAAGGGAAACGAUGUUUGAAGUGUGUGCUUAAACAUGACUAGGGCUUACCACACAGGGACAGUCAGGUGUGUGGGUGUGUGUGUGUGUGUGUUUGGGCUUUAAAAGAAAUGGUGAGUGUAAAAACACUCGCCCGUGCCAUUGGAUAUUGGAAGUAUUGAUAUUAGAAUGACACCAAACAAACGUACACUUACUAUCUCCCUUUCUCUCUAAUCCUGUUAUCGCUGGUAUCACUGCUAGGGUAAAACUAUAAAAACGAAAAAAAGAACAGCAAUUGACCAAAUUAAAUGAAUCGCUUCACUUCACGCUCCCAAUGCCAGUGCAAUUGCAACCACCGCGCCAAUUAAAUCAGUUCACAAAACAAAGAAACCCUUAACCAGUUGAUAUCGGUUUGUUUUUAUCCACCCGUCCAACUCUACUCCAGCCCUUUCGCGUGCCAUUGACCCUUUGGGGGUAUCCCCGGCUGGUGCAGCAGUGGUGGUUAAUCAAACCAACCACCGACAUGCCAAUCGAUCGCCAGAACCUGUGGCUGUGAAGAAGCCUGCUGCAUGCGCGCCCAAACCCGAUGCAAACCGAGCAGGACGCAAUGUGGACAUGCAUUGCAACACCGGUGCAGCUUCUGCCUGCAUGCCUGCCAUUGUUGCCACUGCUGAACAGGUUUUUUUCCCUGUGAUCGCGCUGCUUCUACGUACGUGUGUGUGUGUGUGUGUGUGUGACUUUUGCCAAUAUGCAACUAGAACGAAGGGCACAACAACACAUGUGCAUGUACAAGCAGUACAAGCGGGCCACGGUGAACAUCAAGAGCGCGGCCAUCGCGAGUACUUGUGUGCAUGUUUUGCCACCUAUCGUACCACCCCUCCUUCCCGCGUACCUCCCACUGAAGGUCGUCCGUGAGGGUGUGCAACCGCGGGGGUUGGAGGUGGGGCACUAGAAAAGGGAAAGUAAAUCGUUUCAAACUAGUUCGAGCUGCUACUAACACCAGCGCAGGGCAGUGUUGGGUACGCUGGAGCAUAACUGAAGAGCAACAGCACAGCCGCAUGCACUUAACUCUAUUGCGCACGGUGCUGCUGAAGGUGCUGACAGGACGGCACCGCACGAAACAACCGCUUGAUACAGCGCUCACAAUACGCACGCUGUGUUCUUGUUGUGACGCACAAACGGGCAGGGAACUCCAAUGUAGGAAGCGAUUUGAACGAACCACAUUGCGGGUUCCACCUUAGUCCUUAUUCAGGGUUUACACUUACACACACACACAUACAACACACACAACAAAGACGAAACUAUUAGCCAAUUCGGGUCGUGUGAGGGACGAAUUGAUAGGUAUCUCACAAGAAAUGGAGAGUUUUAUUUAUUUAAGUAGCUCUAGUAACCCUCCCCACAAGAAUGCACUAAGAUAGACAAAUUAUGUGUGUUUGUGUAUGUGUGUGUGUGACGGAGACAGAGAGAGAGAAAGAGAGCGAGUCAGAAAGAGGAAGAGGGGGUUUAAAACCAGAGCCACACGCACCACGGCACCAGCGGCGUAUACCAUUGCAGUGGGUUAAGGUUUGGCUACACACACACACACACACUCUUAUUACCUAAACAAAGCAAAACUGUUUUACGUGUUUAAGCAAACAAGAUAAGUGUUUAGUGAAGCGAUAAUGCGCGAUGUUACUGUAAGUGUAUAAAGCUCUAUUAGGUGUACUGCGCAGACGAAGGUGUAGAAGGUGAAGGACGUGCGGUACAAGAAAAAAGGUAAGGGGAAGCAGAAAGGAUAGGAGCAAAAGAGACAGAGACUAAACAAAAACAAAAAAAGAAUGCGAUACUAAAAUCAAAGAAUCGAAAUGUUGAGUAGUUUUAUGCUCGGAUAAAAAGAAACUGUUAUGAAAAGAAAAUUUCAAUAAACAAACAAACAGAUAUUGAAGCAAAAAAAACAUGAUAUAAAAAUAUAUGAAAAAAAAACAAAAAUCACACACCACUAAUUGAAGUAAUAAAAGUCAAAUGCUAUGCAAAAUGUAA